UUUCUGAUAAUUGUACGAAGGAAUAUCUUUUUUCAAAUAUUUGAUGAAUGUAUACCAUAUUAUGCAGGCAAACCAAGAUCCACAAUAUUGGGGCAACUCUUGUUGGUGUUGAUAAAUAUGGUAACAAGUAUUACGAGAAAACUGAAAACACACAGUAUGGUUAAGUUUUCGGAGCUCACUAUUGACACUUUUAGGAUGCUUCAAUGUUUGGAGUGGGAACCUAGUGGCUCGUUUUAUCAAUCUAGUGGCUCAAAACUUAGUCAGAAUGGGGCAACUGGGACUGGUCGUAUCAGUUACUUACAAGAUAUUGCUGAUCCUACGUUACCGGCAAACCCAUGGAAAGCUAUAUUAUACCGUCCUUCACUGACACAUUUCAUAGCUGUUCUUGCCACAAUUUGUGAGGAGCUUCCAUUGGAUGGUAUUCUCCUUGUAUAUUUGUCAGCUUCAGGAGCAGGAUCUAGUGGGGCAGGACAUAAUGAAUCUGGUUGUUUAAACUUUGGUUCCCGUGGAGAUAAAGGAUCGAACUGCAUAUAUCCAUCUGACUUUCUACCGUUUACUAGAAGACCACUUCUUUUAGUCAUUGAUAAUGACAACAGCAAUGCUUUUAAGGUCAUAGCAGAGGCAAGUAAAGGAGAGUCAGUGGCAAUGCUCCUUUCUCCAAGCCGUUUGCCUCCUAUUGCGUCUGAUUUCUCACAUACCUCAAAUGGGAGCUUAUUCACCAUGUUUCUUACAGCUCCUCUGCAAGCUUUCUGUCUGCUGCUAGGAUUUUCAGGCACUGAUAUUGAUUUGGACUUGUACAAUAAAGCUGAAAUGCUGCUCUCGUCAUCAUUAAAUAACUGGGGAUUGGCAUUGGCAUCAUCAGACACGCUUGAUCCAGUUUGGGGACAGGUUUUAGGCGAUCCCUUCAUAAGGAGACUUCUUUUGAGAUUCAUUUUUUGCCAGACAGUGUUGACCUUGUAUGCACCAGUCUACAACAAAAACGAAUUUCUUCCAACAUGUGUCCCUUCUCUUCCAAAACCUGUCCUGUCCCCGAGCUACUCGUAUCAAAGUGUAAUUCUGCAUCUAGCCAGCAUUUUUAGUGCAACUAAGUACUUCAUAUUUUCUGAGGAUGUUUCUCCUGAAACUGUAUCUACAAAUGUGGAUCAGUUGUGAAUUGUUAGAUUUGAAGCAACAGAGGAUCCAAUUUUCUAGAUAAGCAAGAACUUCACUUCAGAAGCACAUAAUGUAUAUAGCAACCGAAAACUGAUUUCUAUCAACAUGUGUCAAGAUGCUCCAAUUUGCA